AUGACCUCAAAGACAAUGUCAAGCCAUACCUCAUUCGCCAUCGUGUUGAACUGUGUGCUGGCGUAUUGGUUGUUCAGCUUCCAUCCCACAUAUCUUUUCGUUUUGGGAGCGAUCAUGGUGAUUGGAGCCGUCUUUGGAUACAGUAUAUUCCCCUAUCCGUGCACCACUCAUCAACCGAUUCCAACCCAGUUGAAACGAAAGAUGAUAAUGAUGAAGAGUCGAAAGAUGUUCAAACUACAGUAUAGGCGGGUUGGGGCACUGAUUUUUGGUAGUUUUACAAAGUCGACAUGGAAAUCGUCAGUCGUUCUUUGCGCUUCGAUG